CUGAACACCAAGCCUUUCAAGAUGGUCCUCUUUAGCAUUCUUAGAAUUCUUUUUUGGGGACUGAUGAUUUUUAUGGAACACAAGGUCCAAAUGGCAAAGGUAGGACAGCCCUCUACUGCCCUCCUGGCUGAGGCCCCUACCUCGCCCCUGAUUCGGGAGCUGUUAGAAGAAGCCCCUGACAAGCAACAGAGGAAGCCAUGGGUCCUAGGGCAUCCCAUGCGGUACAUGCUGGAGUUGUACCAGCGUUCAGCUGAUGCUCGUGGGCACCCUAGGGAGAACCGCACCAUUGGGGCCACCAUGGUGAGGCUGGUGAGACCCUUGGCCAAUGUAGCAAGGUCUCUCAGAGGCCUCUGGCAUAUACAGCCCCUGGAUUUUCUCCUGAGGCCAAACCGGGCAGCGUACCAAUUAGUCAGAGCCACUGUGGUUUAUCGCCAUCAACUCCACCUAACUGGCUUCCAUCUCUCCUGCCAUGUGGAGCCCUGGGUCCAGAAAAGCCCAACCAACCACUUUCCUUCCUCAGGAAGAGGUUUCUCCAAGCCUUCGCAGAUAUCUAAAGCUUGGACAGAGAUGGAUAUCACACAACACAUUCGAGAAGGACUCUGGAAUCUCAAGGGACACAGGGUUCUACAACUCCGCUUCAUGUGUCAGCAGCAAAAAGGUCGUGAGGGUCUAGAGCUCCCAUGGCAUGACGCAUCAUCCUUGGACACUGCCUUCUUGUUACUCUAUUUCAAUGACACUCAUAAAAGUGUUCAGAAGGCCAAACUUCUCCCCGGAGGCCUAGAGGACUUUAUGGAAAGGGAAUCUUCUCUUCUCUUGCGGAGGGCCCGGCGAGCAGGCAGUAUCACAUCUAAAAUUCCUGGUCCCUCUCAGGAUCACGAUGGGCCUGAAAGUAACCAAUGUUCCCUCCACCAUUUCCAAGUCAGUUUCCACCAGCUGGGCUGGGAUCACUGGAUCAUUGCUCCCAAUCUCUAUACCCCAAACUACUGUAAGGGAACGUGCCCUCGGGUACUACGCUAUGGUCUCAAUUCUCCCAAUCAUGCCAUUAUCCAGAACCUUGUCAAUGAGCUGGUGGACCAGAGUGUUCCUCAACCCUGCUGUGUUCCUUAUAAAUAUGUUCCCAUUAGCAUCCUUCUGAUUGAGGCAAAUGGAAAUAUCUUGUACAAGGAGUAUGAGGAUAUGAUCGCCCAGUCCUGCACAUGCAGGUGA